CCCAGGCUGGGGCCAUGGCUGACAUGAUUUUUGGCAGUGGUUCAGGCCCCUGGGUUUGCCCCAACGACCGGCAGCUGGCCCUGAGAGCCAAGCUCCAGACGGGCUGGUCAGUGCACACAUUCCAGACUGAGAAGCAGAGGAAGAUGCAGGCUCUGAGCCCCCAGGAGCUUGAGCUCAUCCUGGGAGUGAUCCGCAAGGCAGAGCAGCUGGACGUGGCGGAGCAGCAGCGCGUUGGGCGCCUGGUGGAGAGGCUGGAGAACAUGAGGAGGAACGCCAUGGGGAACGGCCUCUCGCAGUGCCUGCUCUGUGGGGAGAUGCUGGGGCUGCUGGGCAGCUCCUCUGUCUUCUGCCAGGACUGCAAAAAGAAAGUUUGCACCAAGUGUGGGAUAGAAACUGUUGGAGCCCAGAAACGUCCCCUGUGGCUGUGCAAGAUCUGCAGUGAGCAGAGAGAGGUGUGGAAGAGGUCUGGGGCGUGGUUCUACAAAGGGCUGCCCAAGUACAUCACCCCUCUGAAGAGCAGCAGCAGCAGCAGAGCCCUGGAGAUGCAGGGCCAGCCCUGGCAGGAGCCCGAGCGCGUCGGGAGCAGCCGCUCCUUCACCUGGGCCAGGGGAAAAGGGGUUUCCAGUGACAGCGAGAGCGACUCGGAGCUCAGUUCCUCCAGCCUGGAUGACAAACCCGUCCCCGUGGGAUCAAAAGGCUCCCAAGGGAGAAAGCUCCAGGCAGGAAUGGCCCCCACCAGGGGACCCAGCCCGGCCAGGAGCAGAGCCCUGGAGCCCCCGCAGUGUCCCCAGCAGUGGGGCAGCCACAGCAGCCUGGGCAGUGAGCAGGGGGCCGAGCUCAGCCCCACGGAGAGUGACCAACCCUCGGGCAGGCGCCACAGCGACACCGGCACCUCUGGCAAACGAGGAGCCCACACCAGAACACAGCUCUGAUUCUGAAGGGGGUGAAGAUGGAGCUGCUUUGUCCUGGAUCCAGCACUGCCAUUCCUGAGAUCCCACCCCAGACAGGAGCUGCUGCCAGUGGUGAUGCUGUGAUGGCAGCAGAGGGCCUGGGGCUGGGAUUUGCUCCCAUCCUUGUGUUUGUUGUUGUUUUGUUCUGUUUGGAGCGAGUUUGGAGGGGGCAGCAGGAACAGGUGAAUCUCCUGUUCCCUCCCUUCCUCUCUGCUCAGGGUAAAGGAACACUCCAAGGAAUUUGCUGGACUGAUGGGUGCCAGCUGAUGGGGUUUUUCACUCCCCUUGGAGUGAAUUUUUCACUCCCCUUGUGCUCGUGGGAGGGUGGGGGUCAGGGCAGAUGUGUUUGCUGCAGCACACCCCCAAACCCCAGCCCAGCUGCCCAAAUGGGAUAAAAGCUUUCUAAUGACUUUAUCCUGUAAAGCUCUGCAGAUUCCCCUCCCACGUGCACCCACCUUCUUUUGCCUUUUUUCCUGGAAGUCUGGAGCAUCUGGCUGGCUCUGGUGGUGUCAUCAUGAGUCAGGCUCUUGAAAACUGCGUGCCCUGGUCCUGCUUAUCCUCCAGAAUGGACAAUUUCCCUCUGAGGCCUGACAGAUGAGAAAAAUCAAAUUACCUCACGUCUCUGGAGCUAUUAGAUCUUUGAAGGCCUGAACAAAACCCACACUGGGAGUCUGUGGAUUUUAUUAAAUGCUUUGGAGCUGACCUGUCUAUUAUGAAGAAACAAAGGAUUCCAAAAAGUUCCCUCUGAAAUCACAGAGUUAAAGGCAAUUUGUGCCCAGUAAUGUCAGCCUUUCCCCUGGUUAUUUCUCUUUUGUUCUGCUUCCCUUUGCUCUGGGCACUCUGUGUGCAUGUAGUGUGUGUUCUUACAAACGGCUGCAGGAUGAAGAUAAAUGAGAUUGGGUGCUGGAACACUCUGGCAGGAGAUGGGAAAUCAAUCCCUGGCUUGCUUUCCAGAUGAGCCUGGCCCAACAGAGGCCGUUCCCUCACUGCUCCCCAGGUCAGUGCCGUGGCAGCUUGCUGGUGAAAUGCUCCCAGCCCUCCCUCUGGGAUCUGCUCCUGCCCUUUUGCAAAUGGGAACAAAGCCUUUGGGCUCCCUGAGAUGGCAGAAAAAGAAAUCACUGAGUGUGAGGGGCACACCGUCAGUGCUGGAGAGAGCAAGGGGUGAGGUUGUUCUCCUCUGAGGGAUGUUUUAUGGCAUGGUCUGUUGUUAACCUGGCCAUUAACUGCAUCUGUGCAAUGGGAGAUGCCAAAACCAUCAGCUGUAUGUGAAAAAGGAGCUCCAGCUGAAAUACUGGUGUGGUUUCAGGGCUGUAGGGUCUUCAGUUUCCAGGGUGUGUAGGCACCAAAGAGAGUUCUGUUGUGCCUUGAAGCUUUUGACAAUCCAAGUGAUUCUUGUCUUGCUCAUUAGUGCAGUGCCUCAGCCAGCCUGGCCUGCCAGGCAAAGUUAAUUCCACAGCAGAAGGAGAAGGGAAAAGACUUUUUAGGAACUGACUCUGUUUUCUUUAAACCUGCUCAGCUCCACACUGAGUUGGAAAGAGCUUUUGAAAUCUUGAGUGUCAUUCCUAGCUGUCCUUGUGUCCCUUGUGCUUCUCUCCAGGGCAGUGCAGGCAGGUCCCUGGUGUCCCCAUUCCCACCCUCAUUUCCCACCCCACGGGAUCCCAGCUCUGCUCAGGAGCCUGGGAGUCCUUGCUGUGCCACUGAGAGGCAUCAGCUUGGUUUUUAACUGAGGCCAGCUUUUAUAGAACACUCUGAGAGAUAAAUUUGACAUUGCUCUGGUGCUAGCGAGACUGGAAACUUUGCUUUCUUAUUUAAACUUUAUUUAUAUUUUCUUUCUUACCUGUGUAUUUUAACUCCACGGGGUAAUUCCACCUGGGUUUGAACCAGAACUGUUCAACCAGCUGUGGAAAGACUCCUCUUGCAUUGAGGGACGGAUCUGGUCCUGGACAAUGUGAUCCAGGCACAGCUGAAUGUGAUAGAGCAACAUCUGCAGCUCUGGGCACUAUUUUGUUUUGCAGACCACUUUUCCCUUUGUGGUGAUUGUCUUGGUUGUGUUUUGUGGCUUUUGUUGGAAUAUUAUCCUGAACCUGUACCUGCCUUUUGAGCCAGCUCAAUGUGGGCAAGAAGAGCUCAGUGAAUGUUUUCAGUCUGCUCUGGUCAUUUGUGUUUAUGAUUUUCUUGUUCUCACCUCCAU